GUUGUCUUAUUCUUGCUCAAGCACAAUCUAGUAGGUCUCCCCUUCAUUACAAAGCCACCAAGUCAGAGGUAAGCAACCUCCUGACGUUCUAUGUUUCCCACCAUUUCGAGAGGCGCAAGCCAAGAUCGUGUCUCCUUGCACCAUCAGACCCCUCUUUCUCCCAACCAGUUUGCAUGCAAUGGAUGUUUCACAAUAAAUACAUGGUGCAGUGUAACAUAGAUCUUCUGCGUGCAGAAGCGUUCUUGUCACACAAGAGGAAGUCUAUACUCGUGGAUCCUGACUUCAUAUCUUAUCAGCAGCUUCACUCGCUAACACCACCUAGCAUCUAGUCUCAAAUACACUUGAUCAAGAAGAAUGGCUACUCCCGAUAUCUAUUUGCCUACCGGCGCUCCAGAUCCUUUCUCCUCCAAAAUGAUCAACUCCCCGAGACUCAAAUCAUCCCCAAAGGAGACUCAAGAAUCUUUGAAGCGAUCCUUCGCCAAGUACCUUGCUGCUGAUCAUGGCUCACCAGCCGUUGGCAAGCUGUUCCAACCGGACAGACACAUUCAAUACGAGGAGCCUGCACAUAUUCACACCAUGGAAGAGAUCGGCUUUCCUGCCAGCAAAGGCGUUUCUCCAGUUGCUGUCUCCGAUCCCUUUCGACUAUUCAGCGAGGAGGCUGUCAACAUCAUGAGAAAUGAAAUAUUUGACCCCGAGGUACAAGAGAAGUACAGUUACACAUCCGAUAUUGCUCCAAAGCAGUUGCGUGGAUAUGCUCCAAAGCACGGCAAGUUCAUCUUCGAGGCUUGGAAACAUCCGGAAACACUCGCGAUUAUCUCCAAGAUUGCUGGCGUCGAGCUAGUUCCAGUUAUGGACUAUGAGAUCGGACACAUCAACCUCUCUGUCCCAGGCAUGAUCCAGAAUCAAGGUAUGGAGGAAGAUGCUCUUGUCGGCUGGCACAGGGAUAGCUACCCCUUUGUCUGUGUACUCAUGAUGAGUGAUACCACAAACAUGGUAGGAGGCGAGACUGCGUUGAGGACUGGUACUGGUGAGAUCAAGAAGGUUCGAGGUCCAAGCAAGGGAUGCGCCGUCGUCCUUCAGGGUCGAUACAUUGACCACCAGGCUCUCAAAGCCUUUGGAGGACAAGAGCGCGUAACGAUGGUCACAUCUUUCCGUCCUCGAUCUCCACGUAUUCGUGAUGAUACCGUCUUGAACACUGUUCGUCCAAUCUCCAACUUAUCUGAUCUUUAUGGCCAAGCUGUCGAAUACCAACUCGAAAAUGCGGAAACUCGCAUUCGACAAAUGCUCAAGAACGUCCGAGACUCAAUGAAGGCCGGAGCUACUGAUGUUCAAGCCAUCAAGUCCUUCCUCGACUUCGAGAUUAAGACUUUAUCUCGUCUUGAUGGAGAGAUUGUGGAUGAGGCUAUGGUCAAGAAGGGAAGUCUUGCAGAUGUCUGUGCGGAAGCCGCAGAACCUAAAAGACGUAAGAAGGAAGAGUAGAAUCCAUGCCGAUGGGGUCAAGAAUUCUUAUGAGAGCUGUGGCUGGAAGUUGAUGAUCACGAAUUUUCUUCGCAAUUGUUCUGACAUUCUUAUUUGGCUGAAUUUAACUUUGCUAUGUGCGCUUUGCAAUACCUUCAUUCUACUUUCUGUUAUCAGCGUUGAGUUGAGCUUACUUUCCAGAGCAAUUGAGCGUAGAAUGCUUGAUAGGAAUAAAGAUUGUCCAGUUGCACCUGUAAGAUUCUCCAGUCAUUUUAAUUGCAGAUAGAGAAAACUGCCUUCUGUGCCACGGACAGAGAGCAGGAAUACCAUACCAUUUUCAAUGCCACGAAUCCUCGAAGGGGUCAUCUUCCUGUACGGAGUAGCUUAUCCUUAAUACAACUUUGCCAAUCGUG